CUGCAGCCGGAGCAGCUGGACUGUGGAGCGGCACACCUCCAGCACCCGCUGGCCAUCGUGAACCCCAUCACAGCCACCCCCGUGUUCACCUACAGUGGCCUGACCGCGGUGGCGGUGGCCAGUGUCAACAACUACACCGUGGUGUUCCUGGGCACUGCCAGCGGAGGACUCCUGAAGAUUAAUCUGGACAGUACCAUGAAGGUCAUAAGCAGGAGAUCCAUUUCGGUGGCUUACGGAGAGCCUGUCCACCCCAUCAUGCAGUUCGACCCUUCUGAUUCCACCUACCUCUAUCUGAUGACCUCCUAUCAGAUGACACGGGUGAAGGUGGCUGCCUGCGACCAGUAUUCAACGUGCACGGAGUGCCUGGCCGCCGCUGACGCUUACUGCGGGUGGUGCACGAUGGAGACCAGGUGUUCUCUGCAGCACGAGUGCACCAACUUCACAGGGGCCAACUUCUGGGCAAGUGCAAGUGAAGGAGUGCAGCAGUGCCCUUCCAUGACCAUCUUGGAGCCUGAGAUUAAUAUCGACAAAGAGAACCCGGCCCUGAUAAUACAGAUAAAUGGGACUAUUCCGAACCUGAACGGAACAAAUAUUUCAUGUGACUAUGGAAAUAAUAUCCACAUGGUAGCCAGAAUUGCUGGAGAUUACGUAAACCAAUUUAUUUACUGCAGUUUACUUCCACGCGAGAAAUAUCCAGCAUUUCCAGAUGACCAAGACCACGUCGUCGUCGAAACUGCUCUCCAGGUCAACAGCAAAAACAUUAUCCGGGCCAGUUUCACCAUCUAUGAUUGCAAAAGGACUGGAAACAUUUACCCGAAGAGAGCAUGCACGAGCUGCCUCUCGGCCAGGUGGAAGUGUCACUGGUGCCCCUCCACCUACACCUGUGUCUCCAACCACUCGCAGUGUGACGACGCGCUGCAGAUGAAGAAGAAAAUUGACUGCCCACGAAUUGUACCUGCCUCUUUGGACCCAAUGCCCACAGGAGUAUCUCGGGACAUUAUGAUCUCACUGGCUAACGCGACUUUCUCUAAGGAGACGGCUCUGGAGUGCCAUUUUGGGACAGACAGGACGUUUGAAGCCCGGUGGGUGAACUCCUCUGCCGUGGAGUGCGUACACGUGCUGCUCCACACAUCAGAAAAAAGCCAUCUCUUCCCAGUGAACCUUCAGCUGAAGGACAGACCAGACAGAUUUAUUGACAGUCCAGAGAUGAUGACAGUGGAGGUGUACAACUGCGCAACCGGGAGUGCCGACUGUUCUCAGUGCCUGGGGAGGGAGGACCUGGGGCACCGCUGCGUCUGGAGCGAGAGCAGCUCCAGCUGCAGGCUGCACGGCGAGCCCCACCAGGUCUCGGAUGCCUGCCCAGCUCCUGAGAUUAAGAAGAUCGAGCCGCUGCGCGGGCCGCUGGAGGGGGGCACCCUGCUGACCAUCCGCGGGAGGAACCUGGGCCGACGCUUCAGCGACGUCCUGGGUGCCGUCAGGAUCGGCAGCGUGCAGUGCGUGCCGCUGCCCGGCAGAUACCUCGUCUCCGAGGCGAUCGUGUGCCAGACCGGAGAGGCUCAGGAGGCCUUUUCUGAUAUGGUGACGGUAAACGUGAGCCGGGAAGGGAAGUCCAGGGAGCGAUACUCCUACGUGCUUCCCGUGGUGCAGUCCAUAGCUCCCCUGAACGGCCCGAAGGCUGGAGGAACCAGAGUGACCAUCAGAGGCAGCAGGCUGGACGUCGGCUCUGAGCUCCGCGUCCUUGUCAAUGCUUCCAAGCAGUGCACGGACCUCAGCCGCAACGACAGCACCAUCACCUGCACCAUGCCGUCGGCAGAGCUCACCACGGCCGUGCGAGUCUGCGUUCAGUUCGAGAACAAGUCUUGUGCCAGCUACAACAUCACGUUCAAGUACGAGAAGAACCCGGUUGUAUCAGACAUCAACCCCAAAAAGAGCCAGAUCAGUGGGGGCAGAAUCAUCACCUUGGAAGGAAGAGGCUUUGAACUGGUCCAGAACGUGUCCAUGGUUGUCCGUGGCAUCGGCAGAGAGCAAACGAGCUGUAAGGUUCACACCGACACCGUGAUCACCUGCCCCUCUCCAGCUGCCUCCAACAUCACCGCAGGGAGCAAGCCCGCACCCGUCGAUUUCUAUCUCAACGGUCGCCUCUAUGCAGACGACCGUCUGGCUCUGGAUGAGGAGAUGUACCCCGAGGAGGCCUUGCACAUCAGCAAGUUCAGCCUGGAGUACUAUGCUGACCCCCAGUUCUUCACAGCCAAGAAGGAGAAGUGGAUCAAGCACCAUCCUGGCGAGCCCUUAACUCUGGUUAUACACAAAGAGCCUGACAGCCUGGGCCUGGAAAGCAACGAGUACCAAGUGAAAAUUGGCCUUAUCUCGUGUGAGAUCCAGAUUGUUUCAGACAAAGUCAUCCACUGCUCUGUCAACGAGUCGCUGAGCAGCUCGGAAAGACAGUUACCUGUGACGAUCCAAGUUGGAAAGUUCAACUACACGAUUGCGACACUGCACCUUGGGGGAGGAGAGACCGCAAUCAUCGUCUCCAUUGUCAUCUGCAGCAUCUUGCUGGUCCUCUCUGUCGUAGCUCUCUUUGUGUUUUGCACAAAGAGCCGCAGAGCAGAGCGCUACUGGCAGAAAACCCUGCUCCAGAUGGAGGAGAUGGAGUCGCAGAUCCGGGAGGAAAUCCGCAAAGGUUUUGCAGAACUGCAGUCAGACAUGACAGACCUGAAUCUGAACCGCAGCCAGGGGAUCCCGUUCCUGGAGUACAAGCACUUUGUCACCCGGACGUUCUUCCCCAAAUGUUCCUCGCUCUAUGAGGAGUGCUACAUCCUGCCGUCCCAGCAGCUCAGCUCCCAGGUGGGCUCCCAGGUCCAGGAAACUCAUCCGCUCCUGGUGGGGGAAUGGAAAAUCCCUGAAAACUGCAGACCCAAUAUGGAAGAAGGAAUCUCACUGUUCUCCACCUUACUCAACAACAAGCACUUUCUCAUUGUGUUUGUCCAUGCUCUUGAGCAACAGAAGGACUUUGCUGUUAGAGACAGAUGUAACUUGGCCUCCCUGCUGACUAUUGCGUUGCAUGGGAAGCUGGAGUAUUACACCAGCAUCAUGAAGGACCUCUUGGUGGAUCUGAUAGAUGCUUCAGCUUCCAAAAACCCCAAGCUUAUGCUGAGGAGAACGGAAUCCGUGGUGGAGAAGAUGCUCACCAACUGGAUGUCCAUCUGCAUGUACAGCUACCUCAGAGAGACCGUGGGAGAGCCCUUCUUCCUCUUGAUCUGUGCCAUCAAACAGCAGAUUAACAAAGGGUCCAUCGACGCCAUUACAGGGAAAGCCAGGUACACCCUCAACGAGGAGUGGCUCCUGAGGGAGAACAUCGAGGCAAAGCCGAGGAACCUGAACGUCUCCUUCCAAGGCUGCGGGAUGGACUCCCUGAGCGUCAGGGCCAUGGACACGGACACACUCAGCCAAGUGAAGGAGAAGAUUCUGGAGGCCUUCUGCAAGAACGUCCCCUACUCCCAGUGGCCAAGGGUGGAAGACGUCGACCUCGAGUGGUUUGCCACAAGCACCGACAGCUACAUCCUCCGGGACCUUGAUGACACCUCGGUGGUGGAGGAUGGCAGGAAGAAACUCAACACAUUAGCGCAUUACAAGAUCCCCGAAGGGGCGUCACUGGCCAUGAGCUUGUCGGACAAGAAGGACACCACGCUGAGCAGAGUCAAGGAUUUGGACACCGAGAAGUACUUCCACUUGGUUCUCCCAACCGAUGAAUCAGUUGAACAUAAGAAGUCCCACAGACAGAGCCAUAGGAAGAAAGUCCUGCCAGAGAUCUACCUGACCAGGCUGCUCUCCACGAAGGGCACGCUGCAGAAGUUCCUGGACGACUUGUUCAAAGCCAUUCUCAGUAUCCGAGACGACAAACCACCUGUGGCCGUGAAGUAUUUCUUUGACUUCCUGGAGGAGCAAGCAGAGAAGAGAGGGAUCACAGACCCUGACACUAUGCACAUCUGGAAGACCAACAGCCUACCUCUGAGGUUUUGGGUCAACAUCCUGAAGAACCCCCAGUUCGUCUUCGACAUUGACAAGACAGACCACAUCGAUGCCUGUCUCUCUGUGAUAGCCCAGGCCUUCAUUGACGCCUGCUCCCUGUCUGACCUGCAGCUGGGCAAGGACUCCCCAACCAAUAAACUACUGUACGCUAAGGAGAUCCCCGAGUACAGGAAGAUCGUGCAGCGAUACUACAAGCAAAUCCACGACAUGCCCCCGCUCAGCGAGCAGGAGAUGAACGCCCACCUCGCGGAGGAGUCGCGG